GCCUUUAGCUGAAGGUGGAUUGCAAAUGUGUUUCUUGACAGUUCAUAGCUGGUGUUUAGUCAAUAGUUCGGAUUUUAACGAAUUAAAUGUUCGAUUCAAUUAAUUAGUGAACGUCUGAGGUUAUAAAGCAAAACUAAAAUGACUCCAGCACCUUUGUAUGCAGUUCUGUGUCAUAGCACAACCAGAUUCAUGUUAGCUGCAUGCCCAAGGACCUGCCAUGGACGAUGGCUGAAGAUAAAGCCCCUGGUCACAAGCUCCACAUACGCAUCGCUGACCAGCCGACACAGUGCGUUGGGCGAGCGGGGCAGCGAAGAGCAUGUCUGCUAUCGCCGCACCACAGAUGUGCUGCAUCUUCCGAGCCGAAGCCUGACCGCAGGCCAGCCAGGCUGGUACGAGAGCAUAGCCGACUCCCAGCCAAUCCACCUGACCGAGCAACUACUGGUGACAGUGCAGCAGGCCACUGGUCUGCCCUGGUGGGCCAGCAUCAUCUGCACCACUGCAGCUUUGAGGACAACCGUCACCCUCCCUCUGGGAGUCUACCAAAUGCUCAUCAUCGCCAAGGUUGAGGCUCUGCAAGCGGAGAUUGCAGAACUGGCCAAACGCCUGAGCUAUGAGGUGUCCGUCCGGGCAAAGCAGCAGGGCUGGUCGGAGAAGACGUGUCGGUACCACUUCAAGAAGAACCUGCGGCGGAUUGUGUCUGAGCUGUAUGUGCGGGACAAUUGCCACCCGUUCAAGGCCAGCCUGCUGGUGUGGGUGCAGCUGCCCAUGUGGGUGUGCCUGUCCCUGGCCCUGAGAAACCUCACCACGGGCCGGGCAGACCCUCCUUCAGCCAUCCAGGAGGAGCUGGCAGCAGGGGGCGCUCUUUGGUUUCCAGAUCUCACCCUUCCUGACUCUACCUGGGUGAUGCCUGUGUCCCUGGGGCUCAUCAACCUCCUCAUUGUAGAGAUGUUUGCUCUCAGGAGAUUGGAAGUUUCUAAGUUCCAGAAGUUUGUGACAAACUUAAUCCGGGGGGUCUCCGUGGCGAUGAUUCCCAUCGCUGCCACCGUGCCCUCGUCCAUGACCCUGUACUGGCUAAGCUCCAGCUGCGUGGGACUGGUCCACAACCUGGUACUGCGCUCCCCGCGGUUCCGCCGGCUCUGUCGGAUCCCGGCCACUCGCUCAGAUUCAGACACACCAUACAGGGACAUGGCUGCCGCCUUUGUUACCAAAUACCUCAAGUAAUGCAGCCUCCCACCAGCAGGGGGCAGUGACGACCAGACCUAGAACUCAGGGGAUGCCCUGCAGAACGGACCUUCAUAUGAGGCGCGCCUCUUAGUUUAAAUGUUUUAACUUAGUUAGUUGGGUUCUUUAUAACUAAGGUGCUCUGAAAUUGAUUCUGACCUGGGUUUGGUAACAUGGCCAGUCAGGAUAAAUCAGUGGUUGAUCUCCACCCACAUGUUAAUGGCUAAUUUCACUUUAAAGCUGGUUAAUCCAGCCUGUUGACCACUUGCGGUUGUCAUUAUCAUACCUGUUUGUGCGCAGUAAUAGGACCUAUCACCUAAAUGUUAGGCAGUGGAAUUUCAAAAAUAAUUUAAAUAUCUUGGAGGAACAUAAUUAGUAAGUGUUCACUCUGGUACUUUGGUUGAAUUUAGUAUGAUUUUUGAAAGUGUGUAAUAAAUUGCUUUUUCCAUGUG